CAAGACUUGAAAAUACUUCACGAUUAGUGGAAAAAUGGUUGAAUUGCUUAAAUCUCUAAAUGCCCAUAGCGAUAAGGCUUGGAGCGUUAGCUCGCAUCCUACUUUGCCGUUAUUGGCAACUGCGUCUACAGAUAAGACAUCUCAUGUGUAUAAUUUAUCAGCAAAGAGAAACUUCCCAUUAUUGGCAAAGUUAGAGGACACACACAAAAGAUCGGUGAGAUCAGUAGCAUUCAAGCCACCUUUAGGUGGAGCAUUGAAUCCUGUGACUGAUUUCUUGGAUUUACCAGCAUUGGCUAGUGGAUCUUUCGACUCAACUAUUUCAAUUUGGGGAAUUGAUGAGCCAGAGGAGUUAAUGGACGAAGAUGACGAAAGUGAAGAGUUAGAUCAAGCAAAACAGCAGGCAGCUCUAUUGACUAGCAGUAAAAAUGAAUGGAAUUUGAUGGCAAUUAUCGAAGGGCACGAGAAUGAAGUUAAAUCAGUGGCCUGGAACCCUCAAGGGAACUUAUUGGCAUCAUGCUCUAGAGAUAAGACUAUUUGGAUUUGGGAGACCGAUCCCGAAACCUUAGAAGAAUUUGAAUGCAUAUCCGUUUUGAAUGAUCACCAGCAUGAUAUCAAACAUAUAACGUGGCAUCCAACGACCAACUUGUUGGCCAGCUCUUCGUAUGAUGAUACUAUACGAUUAUAUAAAAACGAUGACGACGGGGAUGAUGAGUGGGCCUGUGUGGGAUUAUUAAAUGGUCACGAAGGAACUGUAUGGUGUUCAAGCUUUGAGCAUCCACUUAGUCCUACAUCGAAGAAGGGAAUCAUAAGAUUGGUGUCAGCAUCGGAUGAUUUAAGUGUUAGAAUUUGGUCGAGCUCUUCCGUACCAGACGAGGACAAUAAAUCUGAUGGGGACAAUUUACCAAGCUCAAUCAAACAUACUGCGGAAGAAAUGAUUUGGGAAGAAGAAGUGAUAUUACCUUCGAUUCAUAAAUAUCCAGUUUAUUCCGUUAGUUGGUCAGCUAAAACAGGGAAAAUUGCCAGUGCUGGUUCUGAUGGUCAAUUAGUUGUUUAUCUGUAUGAUGAUGGUUGGAAGAUUGAAUCAAACAAAGAAUCUGCUCAUGGGGUAUAUGAAAUCAAUUGCGUUUCAUUCUGUACAUUGGACGAUGGUGCUGAAGUACUUGUCACUGCUGGAGAUGACGGUAACAUUAACAUUUGGUCACUUUGAAAACCCUACAAUUAAUGUAUAUAACUUACAAAUAAAUAUAUUUAAAAGACUAGCCCUAUAAAUACUAUGGAACCCAAAACACCUAUUAAGAUCAAAAGACAACAAAACAUUCUACCACCAGCACGUCUUUGAUACCUUUCCGCACGUCUCAAUUCAUUAGAAGCCCCAUGGGUAUUAUUAGCAUAAUUUAUGAUAUUACCUUCUAUAUUAUCAAUAGAGAAUUGUUGUUCAUGGAUUAUAUCUUGUAAAUUUUGGAAUAUUUCAUUAAUUUCAGAAGUAUCUUGGGUUAUUUGGUGAAUUUCCCGUUCACGUUCUUGGAUCAUUAGAGAUUGUUGUUCGAGUUCUUCAGCAUUUAUCGGUUCAUACGUUAUUUGAACUUGUGCCGAAACCUGUUGUUGUUCCUGUUGUUGUUCUGGAACGCCUGAUGCAUUAGUCUCAUCGUUUAAUGCCGAGUUUCUUACCUGACCAAUUUUAUUGAUAUAUGAUUGUUGCA